UAGAGAAGAAUGGAAGGAAGUAAAGGCAGCUCAAAAGUUAAAGUUGCGAAGUUAACUUGUCUUUUGCAUUACGGUGACCCAAUUCCAACGAGUCGCCCCGCCCACCCGGAUCAAUCUUCAAAUCCCCCGCUUCACUGUGAGGCUUCUGAAACAUCUACACCCCUCACCUCACCACACCAUCCAUGGAGGGACCAAAGGCAGCGCAGCCCACACUCACACCCGCCCAACCGCAACUCUCUCCACCGACCCCACCAUCCCAACCUCUUCCUCCUCAACCUCUCUCCUUUAAUUCCAAGAAGAGACCCCUUCCCACUCACUCUCCUUCACACAAUUCCAAACGCCUCAAACUUCGUCUUCUUCUCAAAGGUCUUCGUCCUCAUUUUAUUGAGGUUUUACGGACCCCGGAUUUUCGGAAAUGCAGGGCUGCAAAUGAAAUCCAAGAACAGCUGAAGCAUGUGGUAGAGCUAUGCAAACAGGCGAUAUCAGAAGCAAAUUCCUCUUGGAAAAAGAAUGUGAACGAAAGGCGGCCAUCAUCAGGUGAAAACAAGGAUGGUCAAAAUCAACAAGAGAAGCCUCAAAAUGUUUCUUCAGACCAACAAGAGAAGGCACAACCUGAAUUUGGUGAGAUUAAAGGGACAUACGUUGUUGGAGGAUCAGCUUUCGGAUGGAAUUUCGUCACCUUUUCCAGCAAAGAUCCAGUUUAUUAUGGAAUCACCAAGGAGUCAUUCCGUGCAGCUAAAUUAAUUACUCCCUAAUCCAGUUAGGGACUCCUCUGGGGCUAGGAUUGCUGAUUUUUAUUCUAGGCCAGGGGUCAGUUCAGUGUCUAGUACACCAGAAGUAACACCUCUCAUUUUGAAGAGCAGAAGAUCCAGUUUAAUUGGUUCAAUGCUAUUAAGAGAUUAACAUCAGUACUUAAAAUUCCCGACCCUAACCCAAAGUUUACAAUUUUAGAUGUAGAACUUUAGAAACAUUAAAUUAUUAUAGGUCUGAUAUUUAUAGCUGGAUAUUUUAUUAUGGAAGGGGAUUGGUUUAAGUCUUGUGAUAGUUUGUUAUUAUUCAAUCUCGUUCUUGUUAUUUUUCAAUCACUCGAGUUACAAAGAUGAACCGAAAGAGAAAAGUUUAAGCUUAUUAUGGAGUAAGGAAAUUAGAUUUUAUACUGAUAUGAGAAUUUGUACCCAGAAAAUUGAUUAUUUUUCUUGGGAUGGAAGUUAAUGGCUGUA